GACGAAGAAGAUGGAGAAGAUGGAGAAGAAGGAGAAGAAGGAGAAGAAGGAGCGCCGUCCUUCGCGUUUUGUCGGGUUUCUGUCCACGGAGCAGCAGCGGGAGAGUUAAUGAAGCUKWRAGACAGAAACAGCAGCAGUUGGUGAACUCUGGAAAGAAGAGAAACGGUUCGAGGCUGAGCUGGAGCUGCUCAGUAACUGUUAAAGGAAAGUUUGGAGAGAGAAAAGCUAGCAGAGAUGUGGAGACAGCAGGUCAAACAGCGGCUGGAUGCAGCAGAGGAGCAGGAGGUGGAUUAUAAUCCGCUGGACCGGCUCCACAGAUUAGUGUUCCCUGAAGAUGUUCAGAAGCUGCUGGUUAAAGAAGAACAGGGUCCGGACCCGGACCCGGAGGACCCGCUGCCCGUCCACGUAAAGGAGGAGGAGGAGGAGCGCCGGAUCGGUCCGGAGGAAGACGACCUGGAUGACGACACCGACGCCACCAGGUUUCCAGUCAUCAAAGUUAUCGUUAAGAGUGAGGAUGAGGAAGAUGAGCCUCUGUUGUCACGGCUCCGUGAAGACCAGAUGGAGAACGGAGACGUUCCCAGCAGCAGCUCAGCGGAGCAGAUGAAAGCAGAGACGGAUGAAGAGGAUGAUGAAGGAGCCGAAUCCAGCAGGAUUCAUGCCGACUCCUCCAACUCUUCAGAGACUGAGGUCAGCGAUGAAGAGGAUGAUGGUGUGGCGCAUCCCGACUCCCAGAGGAGCCUCCCGUCAGACGUUGGUUCUGAAACCACAGACAAAGAGUGGAAGGAGAGCGGCGCUCCAGAGCCCCGGAGUGGAAGCGCCAUGACAGUGAAGUGUUUCAUCUGUGAUGACUGUGGGAAAACCUUUAAAAAGAAACAUUACCUCAACGAGCACAUCAGGAGCCACACGGGGGAGAGACCGUUCGGCUGUCCCGUCUGCGGACAGCGGUUCAGUCUGAAGAAAUGUCUGAACGUUCACGUGAGGAACCACUCUGGGGAGAAACCGUUCUGUUGUGACGUCUGCGGACAGCGGUUCAGCCUGAAGCGAACGCUGAACGAUCACCAGAGAAUCCACACGGGGGAGAAACCGUUCAGUUGUGAUGUUUGUGGGCAGAGCUUCAGCCUGAAGAAGACUUUAAAUGACCACCAGAGAAUCCACACGGGGCAGAAACCGUUCAGCUGCGACGUCUGCGGGCAGACCUUCAGCCUGAAGACCACUUUAAACAGACACAUCCAGAUCCACACCGGACAGAAGGCGUUUCGCUGUGACCUCUGUGGUCAGAGGUUCAGACAGAAAUCCACUUUGAACCGACACAUGACGAUCCACACAGGACAGGAAACGUAUCCCUGUGAGGUCUGUGAACAGAAAUUUGAGCGAAAGACGCAUCUAAACAUUCACAUGAGAGUCCAUGCAGGGCAGCAGGCGUUCUGCUGCGACGUCUGCGGACAGAGGUUUGACCGCAAGUCCAACCUGAACAUCCACCAGAGGAUCCACACCGGACAGAAACCGUACUGCUGCGGCUUCUGUGGCCAAAGGUUUGGCAGGAAGUCCAACUUGAACCGACACAUGAGGAUCCACACAGGGGAGAAAUCCUUCUGCUGCGAGUUCUGCGAACAAAGGUUCAGCCUGAAGACGAGCUUAAACGACCACCUGAGGAUCCACACGGGAGAGAAACCUUUCUUCUGUGACGUCUGUGGUCAGAGAUUCCGACAAAAGUCGACUUUAAAUAUUCACAUGAAGAUCCACACCAGGCAGAAGUAAAGUUCUGCUUGUGGGGAAUCAUCCGGCUGACGGGCGGAGCUGCUCACAGCCAGAGCUUCUCCUGGUGUGGGAACGCUCCGGCAUCCUGCGGGUUCCUGUUCCCUCCCUGGUUUCUCACAGCUGAAUCAAGUGAUGGUUCAUCAGCAGAACCUCGGAGGUCAUUGAACCGUUUCAGCUACUGGUUGGAGCAGAAACGUGUAAAACCCAGAGGACACCCUACGGUCCAACACGAUUCUCUAUUAUCCAGCUGCAGAGGAAUAUUUCUAUAUUCUGAUAUAAUCGUCAAGCUUCACCAUCGUGAUGAAGUUCCCACAGUUUGUGGGAACUUCAUGUCAUUUCAACAUGUCUUCAUUUCCAAAACCCUCUGGAGUCUCAACCGUCGGGUUUUUCUGCAGAACAUGCAGAGAAAUAUUUUUCACUUAAAGCUUAAACUCAGAAUGUGUGUGUGUGUGUGUGUGUGUGUG